UAUCUUUUGAAGCGUGUGCCGCUUUCUUAUCACUCUCUCAAAUCAAAUAUGCAAGUCACCUGUCACAAGUGGCUAAAGUUGCAGCGAUGAAGCGGUUGAUUAGGACUUCUUAUAGCGCCUUUAACACUGAUAAUUGUUCUUAAGUAGAGAUGCUUCUUUAAAUGGAUGUAAACGUGUAUAGCAGGAGAAAGGAUCGGGAUUCGGAGGAGGAAGACGACCUGGACACAAGGACCAGUGAGAGAAUGAAGUCCCGAUCUUUCCUGCCUCGUUAUAGUGCAGAUGUUCUCCACCGUCUACAAAGCAAGGGUAAGGGUGGCAAUACUAUGCUGUACAUGGUGGCUGGGAUAUUUGCCUUUGGGAUUUUCCUCACAGUGGUCAACAUAUAUGAACUGAGGAAAGUCCAGGUAGACAGUGGCCCUGGAGAGAAGAGUGACAGUGGCAGGAGAAAGCAGCAUGUGGUCUGUGUAUGGGGGAAGAAUCAAAAGACUGGCUACUUGAAGCAUGUGUACAAUGUAUUUGAACGCAUUGGUUACUCCAUAGGAACAGACAGAAAUGUCUGGGAUGUGCUCUGGUCACAUGACUAUCCUUUUAAAGAAUUUGAAUCCCAAAUCAGGAAUCUCCAGCCUCACCAGAAGGUCAAUCACUUCCCAGGUACUGGGUAUAUCACAAACAAGGUGAACCUUGCUACCUCAGACAUCUGGUUUAUUCCCAAAGCCUUCAAGAUGCCCCAGGACAAGCCUCUGCUGCUAAAAUAUAGUGGAGAGCAUCCACAAAAAAUGUGGGUCCAGAAAAGUAACAAUCACAGAGGAAUCAAAAUUAAGAAGAUAUCAGACCUAGACUUGUCAUCAGGUGGGACUUUUGUCCAGGAGUUUGUUGAUAAGCCAUUUCUCAUUGAUAGAAGGAAGUUUGACAUUGGCAUCUAUACCACACUUACCUCCAUAGACCCUCUCAGAGUGUACAUUCUGGACAGUGAAGUGCUUAUAAGGUUCUGUCCCCAGGAUUAUUACCCCUUUGACCCUGAGAAUGUAGACAAGUAUGUGGUGGGAGACGACUACACCCCCACCUGGCAGAUGCCAAGUUUGAAGAAUAUCUAUGAGCAGAAUGCUCACACUCACAAAGAAACAAUAAGCACGUACCUAAGACAGCAUGGGCGCAAUGAUACCAAAUUGUGGGAUGAUAUAAGGCAAGCCAUCAUGGAGGUAUACAUAUCAAAGGAACCUAAUCUCAUUGGAGCAGCUAAGUCAUACAAGUCAACAAGAAAUUUCUUUGAAAUGGUUAGAUUUGACUUUGUGGUGGAUGAAGAUUUGCAUAUAUAUUUAAUGGAGGUGAACAUGUCUCCCAACUUGUCUUCGGGGCAUUUCUCCCAGAAUAAACUACUUUAUGAGCAGGUGGUGUUUAAUUUGCUAAGUCUUGUGGGUGUGGCUAGGGGAGUCACCAAUAGCAUCUACCAGAG